AAAAGAUGUGGCCUAGUGGCACCCGCGGGACGACGACCGUUCGGCUAGUAGUACUACCCUCCUGAUUCAGAACACUCUCUCAGCAGUGUAGGAAAAAUCAUCAUAUCCUGAAAUUGCGUUCGUUUGAGUUUUUCUCGUGCCUGAUUUAUUUUCCAAAUUACUCCCGGUAAUGGUUUUGCACUGUUGCAUAGUGAGUGAAAAAUUAGAUAAUUUGAGUUUGAAGACCGAGGAGUGACCGCCGCAUUGAUUUUCAUCCGGUUGAUCCGUUUUUUUUCUCGAAAGGGCAGAUUGUCAGUGACUUUGCAAGGAUCCGACGCAAAAAAUGGACCCAGUCUGGAUCGAAAACUAUCUCCGAUGGGGUCAAGGUUUCAGCUUUUGCUUAGUUUUGAAAGUAAGUUGGAAAUGAUUUCGAGUAUUUUACAUCGAUCGGAAUUGUUACUGAAGUUCAAAGUCCAUCGUAAAGAUCCUUAGUGCAAAAGUGAAUUUUCAGCUGUAUCGAUUUAUUGCAUUUUUUUUUCUUUAGUCGUAUGUUUGACAUCUGUGAGUUGGGAUAAAUGUUAGUGGCACACAAGAAAGAAAACGGCUGCAAGCUCACCGAUUCGAGAUGAGAAAACAGCAACGAUGAGAGCAGCAGCUUCAGCUCGCCCCAGCAUCAUCUCCACCCGUGUCCUGGCUGAUGCUGGCUUUUCCCGUAGAGGAGGUUUGUGAUGUGAAUGCAACUGUCAAUUUGAGGCCCCACUCGCACGGAACGUCGCGGAGAAAGAAGAGAAAGAGAGAGAGAGGAAGUGACUCGCCGUCGAUCGUGUGUUGCUCGCACAGAGAGCGUGAAAUUUUGGCAAGUGAGAGCGCCUCCUUCGAUGAGCUUUUCGCUACCAACGAAAGCUCUUCGAUGUGCUGAAAGAAAGAGAAGAGCAGGGUGGGAGAGAAUAUUGUGUAAUAAUAACAACAAACACGCCUGCUUGCUACGUGAUAGUGUGUGCGAUUUUAAGGUGAUAUGCGCUUUUGAUGCGUGUUAGUUCAUUUGGGGUUGCUCCCGUCCGUCGUUGUCGCUUUUCACCACCCUCGAAAGCACGUUCCUCGGAAAAUUCAGCUGUUGAUAGUGUUGGUGGACUAGUGUGUCGGUGUGUGCGUGUCGCCUUCGUCGCGUGGAAGAGCGGCAGCAGAGGAAAAUAACAGCAGCCAAGUGAUCGCAGACCAAUCGGCCGCCACAAUGCAAUAUGGUAAUAAUGUUUGGCUACCAGCAACGUCAUCAGCGUGAUACCUUAGGCAUAUACGUAGCCCAAGCGAGAGGAGCGAGUGAGAAAAGUAGUAAAGUGAAAAAAAUUGUGCAAAUAAAAUACCCCACGGACCCUCCUCGCGCACCCACUGGUGUCCUCCGAGCCGUGCAGUGUGUUCCAAGUGUCAGCGCGGGAAGAUAGAUGUCGUGACAUUUUCCCCCCCCUGGGUGGAUUUAUGGCUCCAGGAGAAGAUACCAUGAAUGACUAAUCGUGAGCCGUAAAGUGACACUAGUUGUGCGUCAAUCCUUGGAAGGCGGACGCAAACCAUAUAUCUAAAUGUUUUUUUCAUUGGCUGUGGAAUACUAAAUGUUACGAACCAUGAGAAAGAGACUUAAGCCAUUAUCAACGAAUUGAAGUUAGCGAAAAAAGCAAUUUAUAAUUACGAGAAAGAAACCGACUACAUCAACAUAGAAAAAAAAAGAAUAGUAUAACGAAGCACCGCCAUCAUCAGCCAUGGCAGCUGUAGUGUACGGCAGCAGCCCCCGGCACAGCAGCCGCCACCACCAUCCGGGCCCGGGGCAAAGUCAUCUGGUGACACCCCACUCGCCCUACCAUCAGCAUCAGCAGCAGCAGCAGCAUCAUCAUUCACUGCCAUCGCACCACCAUGUGGCCGCUUCCUCGAUGACGGCAGCAGCGGCUGCCGCGGCGGCCCUUUCGCAGCAGAUCAUCACUCCACCGACGUCGUAUCUGUCCACGUCGACGACUACGAUUUCGUCGUCUUCGCAACAGCAGACGACCUACUAUCUGCAACAGCAGCAGCAGCAUCAGCAACUACAGCACCAACAGGCGGUGCACUACCAUAAUAUGCGCAAUUCGAAACGGAAGUCGGCGGUGGAACUGCUAGCGGAGAGCAAACCGUUCUACGUCAAAUCGGAAAUGGUGCUGGAUCGGCAGCAGCAGCUCAAUAUGCGUGGCGGGAACUCCGGACCGGUGUCUGGAUCGUACAUGCUAUCACCAUCCCGCACGCUUCCACAAUCCAGCUCGCAGAUGCAGCAGUCCACGCAGCACCACUCGCAGUCCCAGCAGCAGCAACGGCCGGCCAGCCGUCGGAGCGCCUCGUCCGGUUCGGACCUGCUGCAAACCAAACUGCGCAAGCUACUGAACACCGCCGACAGCAAAGAGACAAUAAUUCCCUCGGAUAUGAUCCUCAAUUCUAAAUACAGCCAGCAAACACUGGAGACGACGUACAUCAGCGGCGCUGGAAUAUCCAGUAGCGAUUGCAUUGGCUACAUUCAGCCGCCGAAGAACUACCAGCAGCAGCUUACCGUUCAUCCCGAACAGCCGAGCGACGUUUCGGUGUUCUUCCCCAGUGCGUUCCUAUCACCCCAGUCUCUACCGCCACACCCGGGCGGCGACGACGAUCUCUAUCUGUACAGUGUCCACGAUAGUCUGGUGCUGACGGAUGACUACAGUACAAUCAGCCCACCGGCAGAGUACGCCGAAAAUAGUGCUUCGCCGGAGAAGCACAACAACAGCCACAGACUGUAUCCUUCUAGCCGUUACAACUACCAACGUUCAUACUCGCACUCCCAGGCAGUGGCCCAUCAGGACGAAUCCGACUAUUCGCCUACACAGUCAUACAACAUUAACAGUCAUAAGUCGCUUCCAGAUUUACACUCGCAAAUCAGCCGCCAUUCACCGCAUUCGGAAGCUCUGAGCUGCUGUAGUCGUGGCAAUCGGUCAAAUCGUUCCGGUAGCUCAUUCAACCGUGACUCAGGUGGUUCAUCCGGGCACUACACUCACCACAGCGAACCAUGUUGUAAGCAACAGCAGCAACAACAACAGCAACAACUGCAGCAAAAAGACGCUCUUAUGAUGGGUGGAGGUGCGGAUUACCGCCGGGAUAGUGGCUCAUCUACGCAGCAUAGUGGAAACUCCUACUACGCCUACGGUAUUCCACCACUACGCUACGACUGCAUCGAAUGCCGUGCAAAGAUCCGAGAAGAAGCCGACUGUCUAUUGAAUUUCACUACCCCGGAAGUUCCGGAAGCCUUCCAGGACAACUACUGCGAAAAGCCGAAGCAGAAGUACUAUGACGAUCCACGGGAUCGUGGAUCAUCGUCCGCUGCUCGCAAAUACUACAAAAACCCUGGACCAAUGUCUCCACUGUCACCGGUGUCACCGCUGUCCCCUCAGGACCAGCAGGUCGAUCUUAGUCCUCCUCUGGGAACAUUCAAGCGUCAGAAAUGCCUUCGAUUCAAGAACCGCGGCCGUCAAUCAGCGAUCAGCAACCCGAACUCCCGCUGCGGCGAUGGUCGGGGAAGCUCAGGCGGUGAUGACGAUCGUCGACCAAUUUUGCGUUCCAAGAGCGAUAUCAGUGAUCGUUACUGGAACCGGCUGUCUGAGAGAAACGAUCGCGACCGGGAUCGUGACAGGGAACGUGAACAGCAGAAAAUGCUGGAGAAGCAGCGAUCUCGCUCGGAUAGCUUGACGCAGCUGGAGCACUUCUUCGAUCGACUAGGACUGAACGAUGAAACAUACGAGAGAUACAUUGCUCCAAUAGGUUGUCUAUCUCCGAACUACAAGCCGAGUUCCGGCAGCGAUAUCCAUCGGCUGUCACCGGAAGAUACGGGAGAUUCGGACGAAUCGAGUGCCGUCUUCUUCUCGGAUGUGAGUACUAUCGAUUCGACCCGACUGCCAGAUAGUACGGAGACGACCAACGAGCAUCCACAGAGCGCUCCCGGACAACUGACCGGAACAGGGGCACUUAAUAGUCUGAACAAUCCGGCUCUGUACCGACCGAGUGAACCCCCGUCGAUCAUCGAACGGAACGCACGAAUCAUCAAGUGGCUGUGCAACUGCAAAAAGAUGCAACUAGCCUAAGGGUGGCUGAAAGGGGACCAGUUGCUGCUACUACCGCCAGAAGCGGUCAGCUAUUCUUCAAAACCAGGACGCUUUAGAAUGGUCUGAAACGAGAGACUUACCCGAUACAUCUGGGAUGGAGCUGAAAAAGAGAAAAGGAAAAACAACUUGAAUCAGAUGCAUAUAUAGAGUCUCAGCAAAUCGAUUUCUGUGUGUUGAGGUUAUGUUUGCAUAACCUCAAUUUCCAGAAAAUCGACCGGUAAGAGCAGUGCAGUCUCCUUGAGAUGGGAAUAAUACAGAAUAAUUCGAAACUCUUGGAACCAAACAUACGAAGUGAAUUGACUUACUAGAAGACAGUACAGUACCACAAAUGAUUACUAAAUAGCGUAGUGUGUUUCGUAUAGACAGUAGAGUCAGCCUUCAAUGUAGGAAGGCGGAAGCAAAAUAGAAAUAUUUCAAACGAACGUUAUUACUCACACAAACAGAAAACAACAAAAAACUGCAUGAUGGUAGCUCGUAUAACCCCCCGUAGUGCGACGAAGUAGAGAACAAAUGGAAAAAAAUAAUCAAAAACCCCGCCCCGUUUUUUCAAAGCAAAUUAUGUCAAUCAAAGUUUAAGAAGAAAAAAUGCAAAUCAAACCGAAAACAACAAUACAAGAGAAAACAAAAGCACAGAUAGAGGAAACCAAAGAAAGAAGCUACGUCUAGUUGUUUUAACUGGGUUUAAAACAACGGAACACCCGAGAUCGGAUACAGGAAGCUGGCAAAAUAAAACAAAAACUGUCAAAGCAAAACAAUAGAGCAAAACAGCCGACUUAAAUCGAAUAGUUCUUAGAGGAGAAUGAAAGUAGUUCAUUGCGCAAGCAAAUUACAAUUGAUUUAGGCUAAGAGGAUGACAGCAAGACCGUCGAUCGAAAGUCGAUCAAAUAGGAGAAUACGAAAAUCCCAAUCUCGAAUUUACGUGUGUUUUCUUAUAGCGAAAGUUCUACACAAAUAACAUUGACGCAUGUCGUCGCACUUGCACGGGAAGCAGUUUCUCGCUUUCCGUGGCCGUUAUCUCUUGUUUUGAAAUGCACUCUCAAAGUUUGCAGUUGCAAGUCGAUUCCAGCCGUUUGGGCGAGCUUUGAGUGUAUGUAUAUAUACAUAUGUAUUUGACAGACGAAUGAUAUCAUAUACUCUUCUGUGUUAAAAUUUACAUCCAAAGGCCCCGUAAAUGGCGUACAGUUAUGUUGACAAGACACAGUGAAUUUCACGUAGGAGACAAAUUGAACUUUUUGUACAAAAUAAAUUGAGCUUCGGUUGCGGAACUGACAGAAAGAGUGACAAAUUUUACAUGAGAGGAAAACAUUAUCUACUGGCAACAAAAACAUAACCUGUCAAUUGUGCUGUUAACUACUAUUGGAUAUAUCUGUUGAUUUUGAACGAAAAAUUUGUCUGUGUUUUCUCUAUCGUUGGACACAGGGUAUAUGGGUGCUGAUAAAAAUCAUUUCUUCUACACUCAAAUUAGCUGAAGAAAAACCAACUACCGGCAUGAAUUUGAAUUUUGACAUAACAACAUUCUCCCUUGAUCGAGGCAACCGCUGAGUUUCGGAGUUAACAUUUCGAUUGUCCACAUGUUCAUUAUCGGCUGUGUUGUUGU